AUGUCAAGUGAUAAAGACACAGCACUGACGCCACUUAAAACUGGUGGUUUCAAACCCAGCGAGAAAGAGCGAGAACGAUUGCGAACAGUGGCAGCAUUUUUCGUGUUUGGGGCGCUGAUUUACGCAACAUAUUCGUUGGUUAUAGCGGGCGCUCAAGAUAUUCUCGCGGGAACGUUCAUUCAGACUUCCAUGGUUUUAGUCGCGGACAUCGGACCAUAUUUCGUUGUCACAUUAAUUGCGCCAUACUUUAUGCAAAAGAUUCCUUACUUUGUUCGAAUCGCGACGGUAUUCCUGACUGGAAUCGGUGGCUUUCUCAUGCUUGCCUUUGCUAAGCAAGUUCAUUGGAAAUUAAUGGGCGUCGGGAUAGCAUCGUUUGGUUAUGGAGUCGGCGAAGUGACUUUCUUGGCGCUCACGUCUUUUUAUCACGAAGUCACCGUGAGUGCAUAUUCAGCGGGUACAGGAGCGGGAUUCAUAAUCGCACCUUUAUAUUACACAGGUAUGUAUUUUGUGUUUAUUUGUGCAAUGACUUCAGUAUCUGGGUUUUCGAUGACCUCUUGUUUGUACUAAAGCUGAUCCUUUUUUAAUAAAUUUAAAAUUCAUAUUUCCGUUAUUAAUAUUUGAUGUUAAGUAGUGCAAACGAAAAUUAUGAGUCCACCUUAGAUAUGUUUUCAUUUGAAAGCAAAUCAUACAUUUAAUACAAAAUUGUUUUAGAGUUCUAACAAUCUCAGGGAUAUUUUUGAUCAAGCGAGCGUCUAGAGACUGUAAAAAUAAAUCAUGUGAAUUCGGUGGUGCAUGACGUGUCUUCUAUUAAUUUGCCUUUUGUUUCAUUUUUUCCUUGUUUGUGGCUUUAUUCUUUUCUAUGAAUGCAAGCAGGCACGUACAAUAAGUGAAGAAUGUGUACAUUUCUAAAUCUAAGCAAAAGCGUGAUAAGAAAGUUUCCUCAUUUGACGCCAACGACCAGAAUUGUGAAGAAAAAAGGAAACAAUUUUUUCAGUUUGUAACUUUGUAAUUUUAAGACUUUGCAUUGUGCAAGCUAAAUGUACUUUAUCCUUUAAUCUCCAAUCGCUUUAAAGAAAAUGAGUGAUAAUUCGAAUCAUUUUUGGUGGUGGAAAAUGAGUUAUUUUCACCCGUUGCAUUGAGUUGUAUUGGAAAUGCCACAAAAAUCUUAAAUACCACUCUAGAACUCCGCCAGCUUGAAUAGCUUGGGGAAAAGGAAAUAACCCUGAACAAUUCUAUCACCUAUGGUAGAGGACUUUAAAGUUCACUUCAAAAUAAGACGCUUUGGUUCACAGGAAGUUCGAGGUAGUUGAGCUAGAGUCUCUAAGGAGUUCCUGAAUUUAAGAGGCUGCAAUGAAACAUUUUGUAUCGUUUCUUUCUUGCAGCCAUGACAACAUGGGCUUGUGUUUCACCAAACGCCACCAUAUUAAUCAUGGCGGCCAUGCUGUUAUUGAUCUUCGUCUGUUACUACGCUAUGGACAAGAAACAUCUUGGGUCUCCCAGUUCCCCCGCGGCUAGUGAAUGCGGAGGAAUAAAGUACACACCAAUAGAGACUGAUGGUAAGCUUAGCGAAUUAGAUGCAAACAAAUGACCACAAUUUAAAAAGAAGAGAUCGGUGCAUAGUGGAGUCGGAAAGCGAUGGAAGAUAAAAUGUCUUCCUCUGGCUCCCAAGUUGAAUUAACUGACUUCUUCGGUCCAAAGAGUAAAGAAAAACACCGAUGUUUGUUAUAAGAGCACCGAGGGAUAAAAUUAACCUUCUGAGCCUGAAGAGUGACUAGCACCUCAUUUCUCAUAACAAUGUCACCCCUGAAUCACAUAUUUAGGUUACGAGAACAAAGGAAAUAAUCACCAACCAAAGAAGCUCUUAAUUAUUAAACAACUUCUCAUUUCAUCAAGAAAUACUUAAGCAAGCUCCAAUUCUCACUCAAUAAUGGAUAGUCGACCCACGGUGCAAUUAUAAUGUAAUAAAUAGCAGCCAUACAAAUUCAAGAAAUGAUGAUUUGAAUAAGCUUGGUAAGUAGCUGCUCUCCGCUUGAUAUAUUAAUACAUAUAAUGUUAGUUAGUUCUGCAUAAAAUUUUCAUUUGCUUUCGACAGACGCCCAAGCUGAAGAAACGAAGUCCGAAGACAGUGAAAACAACGACUCCCUCUCUUAUCAAGAAAAGUUCAUGAUCAUUUCUCAAAUGCUUCCCAAUUUGAUACCGAUUUUUAUUGCCUGGUUUUCAGAAUACAUGAUCAUCCAAUCCGUGAUUACAACUCUGGCUUUUCCCAACGCUCCAUUCAGACCACGUGACCACUACCAGUAUUACAUUUUCGUAUUCCUGGGGGGUGAGGUUGUGGGACGGUCUUACCUCGUGGUACUCUCUUAUGUCAAAGCAGAAUGGGCCGAAAAAGCUAAAUUCCCGUAUCUAUGGGUCCUUUCGACAAUAGAAGUCAUGCACCUUCUGUUCUUCCUCUUUUCUGCCUGGUAUCGUUUUCUACCGAGUGUUUGGAUCGUACUGGUUUUGUCAUUCACCGGUGGGGUUACCAUCGGAGUUUUCUUCGUGAAUGCAUUGGCAUUCUUCAGAGACAGAUUCGAUGAUCGAUAUAAGGAGUUCGCCAUGGGAUACAUCGUAGUGGCCAUGGGAGGAGGCACAUUCACAGCCUCGCUGGUGGGCCUUGUGACUGAGCCCCUGUUAAGAAGGCACUGUAUGGUACUUCUGAAGAACGAUGAUUAUUGUUUUACUCGGUCAAAAGCCAGAGAGCAUAUAAUGUCCCAAUGCCUCGUAAAACCGCCAAAGUAACUCAGGGUGCGUCAUUAAGAUUCUUCUCUCCAUAAAAGGCAUUUCAUUUAUUCUAAAUUCACAACUUAUGACCUUGAGUUUAUGAGUCGACAUAACUUGUUCUAUGGGAUAAUCAUGAUUUAAUUACCGAAC